UGGCUGUGGCUGUGGCUCUGGUUCUGGCGCCGCACGAGUCGAGUUUUCCAUGUAGGGAACAUGACAGUGUGCUGCAGAAGAGUGCGAACAUAGCACGAAAAACCCUAUCUGUCUCGAGCUGGCUCUUCUUUGUGGACUUCUUUGAAACAAACACACACUUAAGCGCCAACGAUUUCCAAACUCUGCUCCUUCUGCCACCUCCACCUCCAACCGCAACAGCAGUAUCCACGGCCAUCCAUUGCACACACGAGAAUCUCCGGCAAUCUCAAAGGAGUACUUACUGAACUAAAGUCAGACGAAGAGGCCAGAGCGGACCACUCACCAGCGACCUGCAGGAGUCUCCGACAGGAACAGAACAGGACAGGACAGGACAGGACCUCAUCAAGCCACGCCUGUAAAGCGACAGCCCCAAGAUGGCGGCCUUCAUAGCAAAGCAAAUGGUUGGAAACCAAUUAAGUGCCGUUAAAGAUGCUGCAGGCGGCGCUGUAGGAGGUGAUGGCGGCGAUGAUGGCGAUGACAAGGAAAAGGCAGAGGAGGAGGAGAGGGAGCGUCAGGAGGCCAUCCGCGAGGCCGAGGAGCGACGCAAGGAGAAGCACCGGAAAAUGGAGGAGGAGCGCGAAAAGAUGAGGCAAGACAUUCGCGACAAGUACAACAUCAAGAAGAAAGAGGAAAUCGUUGAGGCGGCACCGCAAGAGGAGCCCAAUCCUCUGAUGAGGAAAAAGAAGACACCUGAGGAACUGGCCGCCGAGGCGGAGCAGGAGGAGCUCGACGAUUUCACAAAACUGAAAAAUCAAAUAGAAACGCAAGUAAAUGAGCUAAAAACUCAAAUAGAGGGAAAAUGUGUCAUGCAGUGAUAUGUCAGUCAUCAUAAAAAGCAAAAAUAAAAAACCAAUAUAAUAGAAACAAAAGUAACAAUUCAAAUAAUCCCCAACUGAUGAAAACCAAAUUUAUUUAAUGCAUCCUGACCUUGAAUUUGUUAAUACUUAUGAGAUCUGUUGAGUUUAAUUAUGGGAAACACAGUCGAAAACGAAUAUAACUCCUUAGAAAGCUAACCGGCUAACCGUAACCCGGCAGAAAUAAUUCGAACACAAUCCGAUCCGAUCCGAUCCGAUCUACUCUACCGAGUUUUUGGCAAGACCUCCAACGCGGUGUACCAAAAAUGCUAAUGAAUUAACAGCUUAGGUCCGAUAACUUAAUAACAAAGAAGGAGACAUGCGAAUGCGAAUCAAAAUGCGAACAGGACGGUGAACUACUAAGGAAUUUUAAAGUAGCUAAAGCAUAAACCGAAUUAUUUCCAACCAAGUAACAUAUAGUAAACGCCUUUAAUAAUAUAUAAAUCACUUUGCUUCGAUGAUAAUGUAAUAUACUCAAGCCCAAUACACAAUACAUAACCGUUGUUUAGUUGAUAACAUACAAUAAAAUAACGAAAGGAAACUAAAUGAAACUAACGAAACGGUACGAUGCGCUGCAAAACAAAACGAAACUAAAAAAAAAACAUUAAAAAAUAUAAAAACAUAAAAA